AAUCGCAAAUGAACUGGAAAAUAAACGUGGCGUUGUACGUAAGGCGCUCAUGCACCCCCGUCCACCGUUCUCUGAUUGGUCGACGCGAGGCCGGCUCGAGCAAUAUUUUUCCCCGUGUACUUCGGGUAUAUCUACAUUGGAGACGCAAAGGCAGAACCUUAACGAUUACGGAACAGUGUUACGGGAUACGAACUCACGCAAGCAUGCGACAUGCGAGAGUGCACGCACGCAUGGCACGCAUGUAGUUGCGCACGCACGCGAGAAUUGACGAUCGUGUACACCUGUACACUUGACGCACGCACGCGAGCACGCGCGCAUGGUUUGUAGCCUACAUGCUGACAAAUUCUAUUUUUCUUAUUUCUCAAAUACGUUGCUUUCUUCGACGGAUAUAACGAUUUCUUUCAGCGGUUCGAACAGUUCAAAAGUCGUAUAAAAAGGUAUAAAAAAAGAGAUUUCGAGAAUUUAAGAAUCGCGCCCCUAAAAAUCAUAAACGGAAGUAGAAAUAUUAAUUCGAAGCAAUUCAAAUUCAAACAUCUAACGGUUUUUGUUGACUAAUGUAGUCCUUCCCCCCUCACCCCGGCGUCUUUGUAACCGCCAUUACUUUCUUUUAGUAACGCGAACACGAGUAAUCGGAACGAAUUUUCGAAACGAAGAUUUUCUCUCGAACGAGUAAAUCUAACACGAAUAAGACGUUUUUGUACUAGUUUUUUCGCUCAGCAUGCAAGAAAACAGUCAGUUUCCUCGAUUAUUCGUAAUUUCUAGCAAGUUUGAUUAAAAAGUGUGUAUCGUUAUAAGAAAUUUAGUGUUCGGUAUAUCGAUAACCGUUUCUAACGUCCGCGCGCAUUUCAACGAGCAGAUCAUGGCGGCCAUAUUGACUAUGUAUUCCCAACCCAGCACCAAGGCACCAAGGAUGUUUGUGCGUGCCUGGCACGACUGCUGUUACAUCGUGAUCGUUGCCGUCGUCGUCCUCGGUGCCGUUGUCGUUGUUACCCCGUCGUUGUCGUCGUCGACGACGUUGUUGUUGUCGUCGUUAAGUUUUAACCGCGACGACGCGAAAACGUGCCGUAGAUAUUACGCUCGGGACGCAGUGAUAACGUUUUGACAAAUUCGACACUAUACGCGAGAUGUCAAGUCAAAUAUGUCUAAAAUGGAACAGUUUUUUGAACAACAUCGCGACGAGCUUCGAGAGCCUCUGGGAGGAGGAAGGUCUAGUUGAUGUGACAUUGGCGAGCGAUGGACAGUGUCUAACUGCACACAAAGUGAUUCUUUCAGCCAGCAGCCCGUUCUUCAAGAAGGUUUUCCAGACAAAUCCGUGUCAGCAUCCGGUUAUAAUACUGCAAGAUGUACACUUCAGCGAGUUAGAAGCUUUACUUAUAUUUAUAUACAAAGGUGAAGUAAAUAUCGAACAGAAAAAUUUGCCGGCCUUGUUGAAAGCUGCUGAGACCUUGCAGAUUCGGGGACUUUCCGGAGGAGAUAUAUUUGCUAAGGAAUCUUAUAAAAGAUUAGCGGAAUUAGAGCAGGCGGUGGAGGAAGCGACGACUCCUACCAAGGAAGAAACACCAAAAAAAAAGCAGAAGCUUAGUAAACAUCAGAAUAAUUCUAUUCUGGAGACUGCGCUGACACCCAAGGUAUCACAAUUGGACAGUACAGACGAGUCCACGACCAGCGAGCAAGGUGGGAAAGAAGGGGAUUGCCCGUUGCAGAAGAAUUUACAGAAUCCUCUCUAUCAUGGGUUGGAGAUGAAGAUAGAACCGUUGGAAGCAGUGGUGGAGGAAAUUCAGAAACAAUCAGCGGCGGACAAAGAUCCAGUGGAAAGAUUAGACACCGGUCAAGUUGACGGAAGUCAAGGGUCUGGGAACAGCCCUGCUGAAGACAUAUCCGGUUUAUCUGGGUUAUCCGGCCUAACUGGAUUCUCGGACGUGAAGCCACUGCUUUACGCGUAUCAACAGCUACCUUACGCCGAUCUUCUGCCGAGCCCGGAGAUUAUCUCAACCUGGGCGUCCUCCCGACCGAUGGACCAUUUGGCCUGUGACCUUAUGAAGAUCCUCUUCACGCCGGAGGAGAGGAUUCUCUGUAACGUAAACGGCAAGAUGGGCAAACAGCAGUUCGAUAGUAACAAAAUACAUUUGAUAAGAGAAGUUCUGUUGCACUUUAGUGGUAUUGCACCCAAUAGCGUCGAGUGGGAGGAGACGUGGAAGAAUUGCGUGACGAAAAUCGACACUAGCAAUAGGGGCUUGAAAAGGUAUCUGUUCCAGAGGCGGUCGGUUUACACUCAAUGACUAGGGCGUUUCAAGUCAGGGGUAAAACGGAAACGUUUUCACUGGCUAGAAUGAACUCAUUUCUCUCGCUGAGGAUUUAGGAUCAUCUUCUGGAUCGCCUCGAGGUUUCCGUAUCCUUUCUUCUCUUGCAGAUCUUCGACUAAUAGGAAACGGAUAUAGGAGACACCACGCGCGGCUCACGGAACGUGAUCGUCUCUCUUGGAGGGGGAGGGGGCGUGGCUAGGCAGGGAGGGGGAGGUCCAAGAGACGGAAUAUCUCUAUGGUCGGUUUAGGUCGUUGCGUUUCUAUGUUCUUCCUUCUCUUACAGUUGAAGACACAUAGGAACGCUGAUCUUGUCUGUUUUCGAUGCUUUCAAUUGCAGGACAAGGAAGAACAUACAAAAGCACGUCGUUUAGAACACACAAGUGUUGAAACGAUGUGAAUUUUUAUGUUCUUUCUUGCCUAUAAUUGAAAACAAACCAACUCAAAUGCAGGACAAGGAAGAAGAUAUCGUCGUUUGGACGUUCGCGCGACCCUAACCUAAAGAGACAGUAGGGAGACGGAAAGCAUUCCAGGCAAGGGGGUCCAGUUACCUACACGCUUCACGUUUGCUUUCACGUGGCGAACGAUCGAGUAACUUGGAAAUUGUUUAUUCGAUACGAAUCUUUGUACCAUUGUCUUUCGUUGGUGAACAAACCGUUUUUCACUACGUCCAUUCCGUUAUAUUUCUUUUUCCUGUUCCUCGUACCUGGUAACUCGAGCAACGUAACAUUCCUUCCGUUCAUUUUACAAAUGUUCACGCAACUACGCACUCUCGUAGACGAUCUACAUAAACACGCAUUAAUAUUAAUCGCGCUGCGUCGCUGAGGCACGCCCCGGAGUCAUUCCCACGCGUACAUACGCAAUUUACCGUACACACGCGCGUAGCUACACACUGUAGGGCGCGUGUGCCACCGGCACGGGUCACACGCGGUCGAAAUAUUAUUCAAACGGCCGAUAAAUUGUUCGUGUCGUGUCACGAAUGACAAACAAUGUUUCAUUCGUGGAAUAAUCUAGAUAGAAAUCUGCCCGAAUAACGGCCGACUCUGGUUGCGUGCGCGCGCAGACGCGUGUAAGUAAGUACGUGAGCGUCGAGGGCGAUUCCACGGUACGCAUAAAACAAAUCGUAGCUCCGUACGAUGAAGGAACUAGUAUAAGACAUGCUUGUAGAGUAUUUAAAAAAAGCAAAGAGUAAACGCAUCGUCGCGUCUGUUUGCCACCAUUUACUUUC